GCAGUUCAGUUGCCACACGGAGCACGGAGUCGGUAGUGGACGUCUCCAACGCUCCUUCCCUCCGGACGAUUCCGCCCCUGUCCAUCUCAGGCACCCUCAGGCACUCUGUCAGGCACUCAUCCGGUCUGGACUGGCGCUGUCUCUUCACAUGGCCAGUCCAGCCGGUUCCAGCUGAGCUAUAGCUACAUGCCUAGGUCCCUGGGCCCCUGCACCCCGUCCAUCCUCUUCAGCUGCGGGAAAUCACUGCCUCACAUGGACAUGACUGCAGAUGACGGAUCGACUGCUCUUGCGCAAUCGGAUCUGCCAAUAGGCUUUGGUGUCACCCGGCCCUUCGUCCGUUCAACCCUCACGCGUCGACGCCUGGCUCAAUCUCCAAGUCCGAAACUUUCGACCAACUCCCCAAUCGAGUGGCGAUGAGGUCACUCGCCCGAUUGACAUUCAGUGCGCCGUGAUUGGCCCGCGGGUCUGGCCGCCCAGAUCUGCCGGCAGAAUCAAAACAAGGAAGCGGACGGUGGGGCGGCGGGCCAAUCAGCGAUGCGAUGCCCCGCCAUGUGGAUGUGUCAAGCCCUAUUAUGACGACGUUCACUACUUAAAUCAUCAAUGGGAAAUAGUAGAUGAGUAGGUUUUUGGAUUGAGAAGAGAGUAGGGUUUGAAUAGCCCUAGUAUCUUGGGGGUCUGUAGAGUCAGCUGAGUAAAAGUUGCUUUGUUGAAGUAGGAUUAUGCUAUUGUUCAGCCAGGUGGAGUCUAUCUAUAUAUAUCCGAACAGUCUCUAUCAAUGAAACCGAAUAACUGUGGCAUAU